AUGCUCCCUCGCUCGGCCCGCUCGGGUGCCUCGAAGCAGUUGCUGCGCUCUGUCUCGACCAUGACGGCGCAGACGUCGCACCCGAACAAGGGUCUUACCAAGUACGGCGGUGUCUACACGGCUACGCUUAUCCCCGGUGACGGUAUCGGUAAGGAAAUCACCGGCUCGGUCAAGGAGAUCUUUGACAGCCUCAACGUGCCCAUCGAGUGGGAGGAGUAUGAGCUUUCAGGUGAGCACGACGGCAACGACUCGCUUUUCCUGCAGGCCAUGGACAGCUUGCGCCGUAACAAGGUUGGUCUGAAGGGUACUCUUUACACUCCCACUGGUGCUGGUACGCACAACAGUUGGAACGUCGCUAUGCGUCAGCAGCUUGAUAUCUACGCGUCAAUGACGCACUGCAAGACCCUGGAAGGCUACCCGACUCGUCACAAGAACGUCGACUUUACCAUCAUUCGUGAGAACACAGAGGGCGAGUACUCGGGUCUGGAACACAGCCCCUCGCCCGGCAUUGUCGAGUCGCUGAAGGUCUCGACGCGCUUCAAGGCCGAGCGUAUCUCGCGCUUUGCUUUCGACUUUGCCCUGAAGAACGGUCGCAAGCAUGUCACCUGUGUGCACAAGGCCAAUAUUAUGAAGCUCGGUGACGGUCUGUUCCUCAACACUUUCCGCCGCGUCGCUGAGGAGUACAAGAAUGCCGGCAUCACAGCCAGUGAUAUGAUUGUCGACAACACGUCGAUGCAGCUUGUCGGCCGCCCACAGCAGUUCGACGUCAUGGUCAUGCCCAACCUGUAUGGUAACAUUGUGUCGAACAUCGGCGCUGCCCUGGUCGGUGGCCCUGGUACGGUCCCGGGUGCCAACAUUGGCCGUGAGUUUGCUCUGUACGAGCCUGGUUGCCGUCACGUCGCGAAGGAUAUUGAGGGCACAAACAAGGCCAACCCGGCUGCGAUGAUUCUUAGCGCCACGAUGAUGCUCCGUCACUUUGGUCUGGACUACCAGGCCAACCAGAUCGCCACGAGUGUGUACCGCGUCAUUGCCGACGGCAAGGUCCGUACGGCUGACAUGGGUGGCCACUCGACGACGCAGCAGUUCACGGAGGCCGUGCUGAAGAACCUGUAA